UUUCGUUUCGAUGCGAUGCAACUACCAACCACUGAACGUGGUGGUAUUACUUUCUCUGUGAUUUUGUGAAUAUCCAAAGAAAAAUCUAGUUCGGAGAUAUGGCGGAUAAAAUGACCGGGUCUUCCAAUGAAGAACAUAUAACGCUUGUGCAGGAAGAAGUUGAAAAAGAGGCUGAAACGAAAACGGCAGCUUCGGCGAACGAAUCACAAGCUCAACUACCUCCGCCACAGGAUAACAGCGACGGAGGAUGGGGUGGUUGGAGUUUCUCGGCGAUCUCGUAUAUAUCCGACUUUCAAAAGGUCGCUGCCGUCGCCGCCGAAGAGAUCUCUCGCAAUGCUGUCGAGGCUGCUAAAACAGCUGCAAAGAGCAUUUCUGAAAUACAGAACACGCUUGAUGACGCUGAAUCUCAUAAAGACGAUCAAACCGAAACAUCCUCAGUGGAGGAGCAAAGUGAAGACGAAAAUGACGUACGGCGACAGGCUGCUUUGGAAAAAUUAGAGAACGCUAGUGAAGAUUCCUUCCUUGGUCAGCACUUGAAGGUUAUUGACAAUUCAGUUGAGAGUUUUGCUUCAGGAGCUUGGCAAGCAUUAGGAAAUGCAAUCAAAGGAGGUUCCGAUUUUGUCCACAAACUUGAGGAGUCCAUUCAGCAGAGUAGUUUACCUGCAGCAACUGGUUCUGCUGCACCUUCCAUACUAGAGACAGGAAAAGCUUAUACUGCCAAGGGAAUGCAAGUGCUUGAGCAACUGGGGAAAGAAACUUUGGAUCUUCUUAUCUCAGAAACUGAUAAACAUACCAAAGAAGCCGGAGGAAAUAUAGAUGAAUCUCAGUUUGAAGAAGUAUCAUUUGAUCGGUGUUUCUAUAUUUAUGGAGGUCCAGACCAAUUGGAGGAGUUGGAGGCAUUCUCCAACCAUUAUGCAAUGUUAUUUAACCGAAGGAAAGUGAAGCUGGCGUCCGAGCAAAGAUCUAUUUAUGAUGGAAAGCUUAAACAGGUGCAGCAAAUUUUUGACUUGAGUUCUAAAAUCAAUGGAAGUGUAGAGUCAGAGAAAGGGAAACAAGUAGAGACUGGAAAUGAGGACAGUGCAGAGGAGAUAAAGAAUUUACAUGAUUCCAGUGUGAGGAGAGCUUCAGAAUUAGCGGCUGGCUUUGAUAAUGCUUUGGCUGGACUAACUCCAAAUGACAUGGUUCAAAGAACUGCAGGGAGAUUGGAUUCCCUUCAUUCAGAGGGUGUUCAUAGGCUCUCGGACAUAUGUUGUUCUGCUGUCACCCAACUUCUGGUGCUUGGGAAAUCUAUCAUAUCUAAUGCAAACAAGGCUCUGGAUCAGGAUGUCGAUGAGGAAAUGGUGAAAUUUAAUUGGCCCGGGGAUUCUGUAGAAAAGGCUAUGAUUAUCCGAGCAAAGGCACAGCUGAUUGUUGGACUUGUUGAGGCAGUCUGUUCUGCUUUUAUUACAGGCAUAUCGAAUGUGACAGAGUCAUACAUAGCUGCAACCAAAGAUGAUUCUGCCAAUUUGCCUGCAGCUACUCAAAAAUCAAUUCAGGACAAAGCUAAUGCAUUUUCAAAGAAUCUUCAUGCUGAUCAAAGAAUAGCCAUGGACAAAAUUCAGGAUGGACUUCAGUACUUGUCUUAUGUUGUCCUCUCAACCUCAAUUCCUGCUGCUUGAGAAUACAUUGACACUAGCAACCAAGCAUUCACAACCAGGUUCUUUUUUAGUUUUUUUUUUUUUUUGGGUGCGCCUUCUUUUCUUUUUUUAGUUUAUGAGUGUAAAUAAUUGCAAUUUUAAGUUUAUUCAACAUGUCUUUUUUGGUGUCACACACUUUUCAGCUUGCUAGGAAGAGUAACUUCUCUAUAAUAUGGUUAAUGUUGGAAUGGAUCUACUUUAAUUAGUAGAACACCUUGUUAACUUCCCCCAGUUUUUCCUUUGAGGGAAACAAUAUAGAUAUGUUAUGGAUUGAUGAAAUAAACUUUACAUACAUAUUCACAUUCUUGGAAA